GCCCGUAAUUACGCCUGGAUGUAAUUUGGCAGAACGAAACCCGAGCCGGCGAGCCCUCGGCAGCCCGGGCACCCACGGGUUUUCCCAUUAAGCCAGGUGAGGCUGGCAAUUAGGUGUUUAUCUGGCACAGGAAGCAGAUAAAGAAGGGAUGAUAUCCAUCGCCCGUGAGUCAGGCGAGCCGGGUAAACAGCGGGUGGCUGGACGGGGACUGGGUGUUGCGUUAACAGAUUGCUGUGAUGGGGAGCUGUCUCAUUUCCGGACGGGGGAUCUGGGAUCCGUAUAAAGCUGCCCCCGUCCUGGCCAUCUGCACUCUCUUCUCCUCCCGGCUUCUCCUCCGAGUGCAGGCCAGCAGACAGGCGAGGAUGUGCUCCCGCCAGGAAAAGGACCAGUGCCACAGGCAGGAGCGCUACACCCGGCAGAGCAGCGGCGGCUGCCACAGCAGUAGCAGCGGCGGCGGCUGCCACAGCAGUGGUGGUGGCGGCUGUCACAGCAGCGGUGGCGGCGGUGGCUGUCACCGCAGCGGCGGCGGUGGCGGCUGUCACAGCAGCGGCGGCGGGUGCCACAGCAGUGGUGGCAGCGGUGGCGGGUGCCACGGCGGCGGCAGCUCCGGGUGCCACGGGAAGCCGCAGCUCCAGCAGCAGCAGCAGCAGCAGCAGAUCCAGCAGCUGCCCUCGCAGAAGCUGAAGUGAGCGGGGCCCCGGCGCCCGCUGGCCCCCUCCUGCCUUCCCGCCGCUCUCCCGGCUGCGUCCCAGCCCCGAAAGGUGCCCGGGAGCCAAUAAAAAUACGAUUUCCCGAGA